GCCGUGCCGCACGCUACAUCCCAGGUCGCACGCGCCGCAUGCCGCCGUGCGCGGCCAAUCGCACGACGUGACCACCGCUCCCUUGACGACAACUUUGGCCAGAAAUAAAAUUUGUUACAGUUCGGCACCGCUGUCUACUGCUUGCUUGUGAUCCGAUGGCCACGGGACCCCUUGGCGACGCAUCAAAGCCACCCAACAGCCGAAAAGGGGGACGAAAAACCACAGCAAAAAGUUUACGACGGGCACGGCUGCGCCGCGCGGGUGUCGGUCAAGGUACCCCACGCCCCGCAGUUGGCGCCGCCGCCGCCGCCGCCCACCGCCGCUCGCGUGCACCUACCGCCACCUGUCGCCGCCUAAAGGGAACGCCUCCGUUAUAACUCCCCGCAUCAUGCCGUCCUCCACCACCGCCACACCAUCAUCUCCAUCACCACCACCACCAUGGCUUCCCCUUCUCCCCUCACCAACGGAGCCGCCUCCGGCCGGCGCGUGCCGCCCCCGUGCUGGACGCCUGACGAGACGCUCGCCCUCGCGCGCGCCUACACCACGCGGCGCCUCACCGUCGGCCGCGAGCACCUGACCUCCGCCGACUGGGCCGCCGUGGCCGCGGCCGCCCCGUCCAAGACAGCCAGGCAGUGCCGCCACAAGGUCGAGAAGCUCCGCCGCCGCCUCCGAUCCAACAACCGCCGCCCCUGCCCGCUCCUCGACGCCAUAGACCUACUCGACGGCCCUUCCCCGCCGAUCCUAUCCCAGACCCAGUCCCGGUCCCCGUCCCUGUCUCCGUCCCCACCACCGGCGGUUUCUCCGCCGUCUCUUUCUCCUCCUGCGUCCCCGCCCAGAAAGAGGAGGCGGGACGAUGCCGGAGGCGAGGACGGAGUGAGCGACGUGGUGGGGGCGCUGAGGGCGAUCGGAGAGGGCUUCCUGCGGGCGGAGGAGAGGAGGAUGGAGGCCGCGAGGGAAACGCAGAGGAUGCGGAUGGAGAUGGCGCUCCGCCAUCUUGACGCGCAGCGGCGGCUCAUGGACACGCUCGUCGGCCGCAUCGUCGACGCCUUGGAGUGACGUGGUGGCGCAAAGGUGUCUCCUUGCACGGCUUCUUGCUUGUCUUCGUUGCGUAAUGGCUUUCGAGUUUAGGAGUUUCUUAGCGUUGUUCAUAUGUAGUAGCUGUGAUGGAUCUGUGAUGUAGUUGAAGUGGACAAACCUUACUGCUUUAGCGGUCUUGUAUUGCUGAUGAAAAAGAGUGCUUCUUAUGGAAGAAAGACAAGUUAUCUUUCCUGUUCCA